AAUUAUUACUCGUAAGUCUAACUGUAAUACUGCGUGAAGCAUAGAAUUUAGGAAGAUUGAAGAAAUGGGCGUAGCUCAACAAAUGGAUUGCCGAAAUUGGGAGGAAGGUUCCUAUAGAGACGUCAUUUUGCAAGAGAGAGAAACCCUUUCUCGGACCGUUUUCCGGACCGCCUAUGCUCCAAACCCUAAUCCCAAUCCCAAUUCCGACCAUGUCGUCACCGCUUCCAGCGACGGCUCCGUCGCCGCUUACUCCAUUUCCGCCUGUCUCGAGAUGGGCUGCGGAAGCUCCAGGAAUCGAAAUUGGUUAGCUGCAGAGCCAGAGUUUCUGAUUCGAGGCCACGAUGGGCCAGCUUAUGAUGUUAAAUUUUAUGAUGAUUCUUUAUUGCUCAGUUGUGGUGAUGAUGGCCGGAUUCGAGGGUGGAAAUGGAAUGAAAUAUUAGAAAGCAAGGAAUCCGAGCAUGGAGACAAGAUGAAGCCAGUACUUGACUUGGUGAAUCCUCAACAUAAAGGUCCUUGGGGUGCCCUUUCUCCAAUACCAGAAAACAAUGCUAUUGCAGUAGACUCUCAGAGUGGAUCUAUAUAUGCUGCUGCUGGCGAUUCUUGUGCAUAUUGUUGGGAUAUGGAGAAAUCCCAGGUCAAGAUGGUUUUUAAAGGCCAUUCAAACUAUCUACAUUGUAUCGUUUCAUGCAAUUCGAGUAGUCAGAUUAUUACUGGUUCAGAAGAUGGCACAGCACGGAUAUGGGAUUGCAAGAGUGGGAAGUGUAUUCAAGUAAUUAAUCCAGAAAAAGUAGGCUCAGGCGGUUCCUUUCCAUGUGUUAGCUGUAUUGCUCUUGAUUCUAGUGAGAGUUGGUUGGUUUGUGGAAAGGGCCAGUCUUUAUCAGUUUGGAAUCUUCCUGCCCGUGAAUGUGUCUCAGUUGCUAGAACUCAGGCUUCUGUCCAAGAUGUUCUGUUUGACGAAAAUCAAGUGAGGUCUUAUUGUAGCUGUUGGGUCAGAACCACUGCUCACACGAUUAAACAUGAAUGGGGAUGUUAUUUCACAGAUCGAGUGUGCUCCAACAUCUGCAUUUUCUGUUUCUUUGCACCCUUCGGGGGUAGCAGCGGUAUCUGGUUAUGGAGCGCUCGUCGACAUGAUCUCACAAUUCGGGAGCCACUUGUGUACAUUUCGCUGUAGGGGGCUAUAAGUUGAGGAUCAUAUUCAUGGCCUUCUUUGUCAACAUGAAAUUUUAUUUGUGUCAUUUUUCUUUUUCAUUUGAUCAUUACACUAGACGAUAAAUCUUUCACAAAAUGUUUAGCCCCAUUGUUGUUAUGUUUACUAGACGAAAAAUCAUUCAUUUUACUUUUUGUAUUCCAAAAACUUUCUUCUUUUCGCAA